GACUAUAAAGUAACCUCUUUAUCUCUACACUCAUUGCCCUUCUCACACACUCUCUCUCUCUCUCUCUUACUCUCUCUCUCUCUCUCUCUCACUGUCUUGAACUAGAAAGAAUGCCUUUGUUUGUUUCACAUUCAUAGGCAUUCUUAAGGUUAAGGAGUCAAAAUUGUGUACAAGUUUUGAUUUUUAGGGGGUGCAGAGAGAAAGGGUUUAAAGGGCUAUUUUAAUAGAGAGAGAUCUCAUAAAAAUCAAAAUGGUUGAGUCAGAACCUAAAGUUUAUAUACCAGAGUCAUUUCAAGUGAACUAUGAUGUGUCAAGUCAAAUUAAGAUGAUAUGGGAUGUAAUGAAAGCACCAUUAAUUGUACCAUUUUUGAAUGCUUGUGUUUACAUUUCAUUAGCAAUGGCACUUAUGCUUUUUAUGGAAAGAGUUUAUAUGGGUUUUGUUAUCAUUUUGGUUAAGCUUUUUUGGAAAAAACCUGAACAACGUUAUAAGUAUGAGCCUCUUCAAGAUGAUGAAGAACUUGGUGGCGAGAAUUUUCCUGUUGUUCUUGUUCAAAUUCCAAUGUUCAAUGAAAGAGAGGUUUAUAAGGUUUCAAUUGGAGCGGCUUGCGGGCUUUCAUGGCCGACGGAUCGACUCGUGAUCCAAGUACUUGAUGAUUCUACUGACCCUGUUGUUAAGCAACUAGUGGAAAUGGAAUGCCAAAGAUGGGCAAGUAAAGGAAUAAAUAUAACAUACCAAAUUAGAGAAACAAGAGGUGGAUACAAAGCAGGUGCAUUGAAAGAAGGACUAAAACGUAGCUAUGUCAAGCAUUGUGAAUAUGUUGUCAUAUUUGAUGCUGAUUUUAGUCCUCCUCCUGAUUUUCUUAGAAGAGCCAUUCCUUUUCUUGUUGGUAAUCCUGAAAUUGCUCUUGUUCAAGGUCGUUGGAGAUUUGUGAAUGCAAAUGAAUGUUUGUUGACAAGAAUGCAAGAGAUGUCUUUGGAUUACCAUUUCACAGUUGAGCAAGAAGUUGGAUCAGCUACUCAUGCUUUCUUUGGCUUCAAUGGGACGGCCGGUAUUUGGAGAAUUGCUGCUAUCAAUGAAGCAGGAGGAUGGAAAGAUAGAACAACAGUUGAAGAUAUGGACCUCGCUGUUCGAGCAAGUCUUAGGGGAUGGAAAUUUUUGUACCUUGGAGACCUCCAGGCAAACAGUGAACUUCCAAGUACUCUGAGAGCCUUCAGAUUCCAGCAGCACAGAUGGUCGUGUGGUCCUGCUAAUCUGUUCCGCAAAAUGGCGAUGGAGAUUAUAAGGAACAAGAAAGUGAAGUUCUGGAAGAAAGUGUAUGUUAUAUACAGCUUUUUCCUUGUUCGCAAGAUCGUAGCUCACAUGGUCACUUUCUUCUUCUACUGUCUUGUAAUUCCCCUCACAAUUUUGGUUCCUGAGGUUCAUGUUCCAAUUUGGGGAGCUGUUUACAUUCCUUCCAUCAUCACCAUUCUCAACUCAGUCGGAACACCAAGGUCAAUUCACCUUCUGUUCUAUUGGAUCCUUUUCGAGAAUGUCAUGUCUUUGCAUCGUACCAAGGCAACCCUAAUCGGUUUGCUAGAAUAUGGGAGGGCUAACGAAUGGGUUGUGACUGAAAAACUUGGAGAUUCUGUAAACAACAACAACAAUAAAAAAGACAAAUCUGGAGAUGCAGCCAAGAAAACCAAUGUCAAAGUUCAAAAGAAAACAAGAUCCAAAUUUAUGGAAAGGCUUAAUUUCUUGGAGCUAGGAUUUGCAGUGUUUCUCUUCUUUUGUGGAUGCUAUGACUAUGUUCAUGGAAAACACAACUACUUUAUCUACCUUUUCCUACAAACCUUAACCUUCACAAUUGUAGGAUUUGGUUAUGUUGGAACCAUAGUGUAAAACCACUUUGAGCCAAAAUCCUUAAAGUUUCGUAAGUGUCGUGUCGAUAUUGUCCUAGUUUCUCCUCUACAAAGUACAAGAAGGGAGUCUAAAAUUCUUCGAGCAACGAAACGCUGCACCAAAUCUACAGUUAAUUUAGAGGAAGGAGAAGUUCUUUCCAAGAUUUUCAUUGUCAUCAAUCAAGAAGAUAGAAGUAAUCAAUGGAGUACAAAGGCUUGAAGACAACCAAGAUCUAUAAAAAAAAAAAAAAAAAAAAGUGCUUAAAUUAGAGCUUUAGACUGUUAGAUAGUGUGGUUUUUGUUUGCAUAGAUUGUUUGGUGAGAUUUUUACAGUUAUAUAUUUUGUUGGACCUUUAUUUAUUUAGUUUUCUAUAAUUUGUGACAAAUAAUUGGGUGGAUAAAUUAUGCACUUUUGAUACAUUUUA